GUCACACCGACCCAACAGAGAGCAACUGGACCCUGUUAACUACACGCAUAAACCUCCUAUGUCUAUCCGCUCACCUCUACGCACAUGUCGUUCGCCCCUUUCUCUGCUAUUUCUUCUCUCUCUCUCUAGAGAUUUUGCUAUCUAAUGGCGCGAGUUCUCUCACAAACCCUAACCCGAAUCUCCUCAUCGCCAUUGCCAAACUCAACCAUCCUCUACACUAAAUCAUCAUCAUCCUCCUCGCCUUUGGCUCUCUCUCCUCGCAUCCUCUCCCACCGGAACCGAUCGAACCAGUCUGGUAAGGCUCAGCUCGUCGAAGUUGACCUCGACUCCGACGGCAGUGGCGGCGGUGAGAUCGAGGUCAUGGGGGUCCGGAAGCUCGAGGAUGUGAUUCACAGCAUCAUCGUUCGGCGAUCGGCGCCCGACUGGCUCCCCUUCAUCCCCGGCUCGUCCUACUGGGUCCCUCCCCGACGUCGGCCUUCAGGGAUUGUGGAAUUGAUCGGGAAGUUGACGAAACCCUUGUCGGAGGAGGAGGGUAUGUCCUUCACGACGGAGCGAGGGUGGCCUUCUUCGACCUAUUUCAUUGAAGGUAGUGCACCAAUGCAUCCAGUUCCACUGGAGCUGCAGGCGGAGCUGAAGGUUGAGGACAACUUGGAUAAUGCAUCUCGAUCUGAGGAUGAGGAAGGUUAAAAAUCAUCACUUUGCAGAAAUGCUUGCUAGGGGUUGCUGGCUCACAUUUGUACAUAAAUCUAAAACUGAAAAAAAAAAAAAAAAAUGAAAAUGCUAGAAAGUGAAGCUGUGCGGGAGAAAGGCAAGUGAGGCAAAUGGAUGUCUGUACAGAUGGAACCUUUGAUAUUGUGAGGCUCCUGGGAUCUUAAUAGAGUUGCUGCUUUUCUAGUUGUCAAGCUCUCAUCAGUUUUACCUAAAAGCAUAGCCCUUCUGUUGUGUUGUUUUACAUUACCAUGAAAAAUGCUAUUGUAUGUUUUAGACAUGGAUAUAGGCUAGAUGUUGCAUUGCAUUUAUUGCUUUUGAUCAUUUUCCGAUCAUUAGCACUAAUGGUCUAUUGCACGUGUUGCUGUACUCAUGUCCAAACAUAACCCUUGCCAUUCGUAGCCCCCCUUAGCCAGGAUUCUUGACUCGGACAUGGGGUUUGUUGUGACAAGGGGAGCAUCUUCAGUUGGAAUUAGAGUUUGCGUUGACAGCCAAUAUAGGGUUUUUUUUUUUUCCUUCAACAGAGAACAUCCAGUUAGGUUGGUAUUUGGUAUUUGCUGUAUGAUUAUGUUUAUUUUCAACUGUCGUAAACGAGUUGGGAGAAAUUUUAUACAUGUUUGUUUGUAACUGUACUGUAUGAAUUCCAAUUUGGUUGCAAUCAGGCUAUAGCCUACUAUGCAAAGCAGCUGCUCAGAUCCAAGCAAAAACAUGUCACUAUUGAAUGGAAUAAAUAUGUUUAG